CGGAACCAACGACGACAGCAUCGCGACACCCCCGACAACAACGACUCCCUCAGCUGGGACUUCCCCGAGGCCGCCAUGCCCACCGUGCACAAGAUCCUCGAGCGCUAUCCCCCCAACUACAAGCGCUCCGCCAUGAUCCCGCUGCUCGACGUGGCGCAGCAGGCGAACCAGGGCUACCUCUCCGUGCAGGCCAUGAACAGGGUGGCGGAGAUGCUCGAGGUGGCUCCCAUCCGCGUGUACGAGGUGGCGACAUUCUACUCCAUGUUCAACCGCACCAAGGUUGGCAAGUAUCACGUGAUGGUCUGCGGCACCACGCCGUGCAUGCUCCGCGGCUCGCGCGACAUCGAGAAGGCGCUGAGCGAUUACAUGGGCGUGAAGAAGUUCGAGUCCACGCCGGAUGGCGUGUUCACGCUCGGGGAGAUGGAGUGCAUGGGUUGCUGCGUCAACGCGCCGAUGAUCGCCGUCGCGGACUACUCCAACGGCGUGGAGGGAUACUCGUACAACUAUUACGAGGACCUCACCCCCGCGGAUGCCGUCGCCGUGGUCAAGGCGCUCAAGGCUGGUCAGAAGCCUCGCGUGGGCUCGCAGCACAGGGAUAAGGCUGAGCCGAUGGGGGGUCAGACGACGCUGACGGGUGAGCCGCGGGGGCCGUACUGCCGGGACCUGGCGAAGGUGAAGGCGGACUUGGAGGCGGCGGCGGCGGCGGCGGCGGCCGAGGCUGCAAAGGCGGCGGCGGAGGCGAAGAAGUGAUGA